AUGUCAGACAGUAAAUCUUCCCUUCGCAUAGACUGGUUUGACGGAACUCUUAUACAAGAUACAAGACAAAAUGCAAACACUUCACAAUUUGAUGAUGAAGAGUCAUCAGAAAAACAAACACCAUCAAGAAUUGUCGACGUGGAGAAAAAACCUAUUGGUUUUAAACGAUUGAUGGAUCUAUCUUUCCUAAAACCUCCAAUAUUAAACUUAGAAAUAUCUCACAGACCUGGUUUCUGGCAUCUUUUCGAUUCCGAACUAAAAGGAGAUUUUAUUGUCUUAAUCGUAAAAAUACUAAGCAGUGUAUAUACUACUUUAGAAUCAGGAGAAAAAUCGAAGCUUGCAAUGUUACUUCAAACAAGAUUUGUGAAAUCUCCUUUUAUGAUUAACUUAAAAAAGUAUUUAAGUAAUUUGCCUACUGUAAGGAUUGUUGAAAAAAGAUUAAAUAUGCAAUUGUGGAAUGAUGCUGAAACUUUUUAUCUAAAUGUUUAUGAGCUAUGUGAAGGUAUGUUUAAAUUUCAUAAAAAUGACAUUGAAAUAUUAAUAGAAAUAUUGGACUUAUUGGAAAUUACUGAAACUAGUGCUGUAGGUAUAAGAGAAGAACAUACUGAGACCAUUAGAGAUAGUUUCUUUACACAAAUGGAGCAACUGAAAAAGAAUAUUUUGAGAACUAUAACUGAGAAAAAUAAUGAAACUCUAGAAAUAAAAUCUGAACAGUGUAAUGAAGAUGCUACUAAUUUCAAAAAUUUACCAAUUUUUCCCACAAAAGAUGACCUCCUUUAUGACACUAGAAUUAAAAUACAGCCAAAUAUAAUAAAUGGUGCAUACCCAAGUGUGGAACAUUAUUUGGAUCUGCAGUUUAAGUUGUUACGAGAAGACUGCUUUGCACCCUUACGAGAAGGAAUAUGUAAAUAUAUGGAAAAUCCCUCAAAGCGAAAACAUGAAAACAUAAGGGUGUACCCUAAGGUUCGUAUUAUUAGAACCUAUGUAAGCAACAACAGGGUUGGCCACCUCGUUGACAUUGCGUGGCAGGAUCGCCUCACGAACGGAGCUGUUGACAAAAAGCUGUACGCUCUUAAUAAAAGCUUGAUGUUUGGAUCACUACUGCUCUUCACCAGUGAUCAGUUUGAGACCAUACUAUGUGCCUCUGUGUUGGAUUCUAAUACACACCUUCUUGGCGAUGGCUAUAUUGUUGUGUCUUUCCAAAAUCCCGUAUCUAGCAAAAUUUAUUCAGAACAGUACCUGAUGGUAGAAAGUGAAGUAUUCUUUGAACCUUACCAUCGAGUAUUAAAAGUGCUGCAGAAUACCAGGUUUGAUGACUUGCCCAUGAAGAAUUACAUUGUUGAUGUUCAGACUGAAGUUCGCCCGCCUGACUAUAUUACAUCUGAAACGGUUUACAGCAUAGCUAGCCCUAAACACCAUGAGGAAAUCAGUUUUAAUGUGCUUGAGUUAGACCAAUGGCCAAUCAAUAAAACCUUUGGCUUAGACGAUUCUCAAAUGAGCGCCUUCAAAUUCGCUCUUACAAGAGAAUUUGCCGUCAUACAAGGUCCACCUGGCACCGGCAAAACGUUCAUUGGGGUCAAAAUUGCAUCUACGCUACUUAGGAAUUUAUCUCUGGAAGGUACUCCAAUGCUUGUGAUCUGCUAUACAAAUCACGCCCUUGAUCAAUUUCUGGAAGGCAUCCUGGAUAUAACAACGAAUGUUAUUAGAUUGGGAAGCCAAAGCAAAAGUAAUGUUUUACAAAAUUACACUUUAAAUAAUAUGAGAGGGAGAAUCAAGUCAAAAUACUCUUACCUCUACGCUAGUAAAAGAGGAGAAUUAGAAAGGCUAUAUAAAGAAUUGACUGAGAUUCAAACUGAGGUUGAUAAAUGUGAAAAAGAAAUUAUUUCUUAUACAACUCUCAAACCGUUUUUGAAAAUUAAUAACAAACCAUUUGAAUUAAAAUCGUCUAGUGAAGAUUCUGUAAUUAGUUGGUUGUUUGGUCAUUUGGAUAAUACACCUGAAAAUCCAAACGAUGAAGAGGAUUUAGAUGAUUGGGAGAAGCAGUGUGAAGACUUAAGUGUCGGUGAUAAAAUUGAAACAUGUUUUUCUGAAGAAUGGGCGCUAAAAGAAAUACAAACAAUGAAAAACAGCAUUAAUUACGUUGGGGAUUUGACAGAUGACAAAAAUAAAUCUCAAAAAAUGAUUGAAAAAUUACAGGAACAAAUCACAAAACUUCGAAACAGGUUGAAUUAUUUUAAGAAAAACAUGACAUUGGCACAAAAAGGAGAAUAUGACAAAAACGAUGUAAUGGAAGUAGAAGAUUUGUAUCAGUUAUCUCCAGAAAAAAGAUGGCGUGUCUACUUCAACGCAACGGCAGCUCUAAAAGAUAAACUUAUGAACAAGAUGAAUUAUUUAAUGGAGCAACAUAAUGCGUGUAGCGAAGAACUGGAGGAAGUCAGCACAUUGCUAGACGGUGAGCUUGUACGAACGGCACGAGUGGUGGGGGUGACCACCAGCGCAGCCGCGAGGAGGCACGACCUGCUGAGGAAACUACUGUCACCCAUAGUAAUUGUUGAAGAAGCGGCGGAGGUUUUAGAAGCGCACAUAGUGGCUUCACUUACAAACCACUGCAAACAUCUCAUACUAAUCGGCGAUCACAAGCAACUUCGCCCAACUGCCGCACAUUACAAUCUGGCAAAAGACUACAAUCUGGAAAUAUCUCUCUUCGAACGCAUGCUCCGUAAUGGUGUGCACGCACGCACUCUCACUACACAGCGACGAAUGCGUAGCAACUUUGCUCAGUUGCUCGUGCCGAUCAUUUAUGAAAAACUAGAUUCCCAUCCUUCAGUACUAGCUUAUCCUGAUGUUAGGGGGAUGAAGGAUAACUUGUACUUCUUUAAUCAUAAUGAGUUUGAAGACUCUGAGGGCUUAGAAGAUAGUUGGAGCCACAAAAAUACAUACGAGGCGAAAUGGUGUUUGGCCCUCGCAAAUUAUUUACGACAAAUGAAAUAUAAAGCUGAGGAAAUAACGAUACUGGCCACUUACACUGGACAGGCCACUCUUAUGAGAGACCUGAGCAAAAAAUAUGAUUUAUUGAAGGACGUCAAAAUCACAGUUGUCGAUAAUUAUCAAGGCGAGGAGAACAGGAUAGUCAUAUUGUCCCUAGUAAGGAGUAACAGAGAUGGCAAGAUUGGGUUUCUAAGUGCGGGAAACAGAAUUUGCGUGGCGAUGUCUCGAGCGAAAGAAGUGCCUAUGUGUGCAAAUAAAAAAGGAGGGCAUAAGUUCCCUACAGAAGAUAAAAACCGAUUAAAACAGUGGCUUGUAGCCAUUCGCAGAGAUAAAUUUACUCCAACGAAAAAUAGCCUCGUUUGCAAAAGCCACUUCACAAAGGAUGAUUACCAGCUACCGAAGGACUCAGUAUUAGAAAAACCCAGGCCUGUGUUGAAAAAAUGUGCAGUGCCAAGUCGAUUCCCAUGGAUUGACCAAAAUUCUAGUUUGCAUCAAAAAAAGAAGGAGCGGCAUCAAAGGCGUUUGGCGCGAAAUGAAAGGAAAAUUAGUGUCCAAGUACACAUAAACAAUGAAAAAGAGAAGGAUGACACCUUCCUCAUGGAAACUACAAACUUUUUCGAAGUAGAAAUUGAAUUCGAGAAGAAACAGAAUGAUGUUGGUAUCCAAUGUGAUUUAUGUGGAAGUGAUAAUCUCAAAACACUUAAAGAAUGUCUUCAAAAUGAAAAUAAAAAUAAAAAAUCUUCAAUUGCAAAUGUGCUAGAUAUAACCAAUGCGGCCGAAGUACAGUUUUAUACUGGUUUCCAAGAUUAUGAACAUAUCAAAUUCAUAUUUAGUAUUUUUGGAGAUGAAGUAAAUUGUUUAAAAUAUUAUCCUCAACUGAAAACAUUGAAGGUGCCGUUUCUAAACCCUUGUGAUCAAUUCCUUCUAGUGUUAAUUAAAUUACGCCGGAACAUGCUAUUUACAGAACUCGCCUUUCGAUCGAAGAUUAAUAAAACGGUACUAAGUAACAUUUUCAUAACAUGGAUCAAUUACUUAUAUUGUAAAUUGAAAGAGUUAAAUGUUUGGGUGCCAAAACAAUGCAUAGAUAAAAAUAUGAAAUACUAUGGCAAGAUUAAUCCAUGCACUGUGAUAGUAGAUUGCACGGAAAUAAAAAUAGAGAAGCCCAAAAAUCCACUUACACAACAGCUUACAUAUUCCACUUACAAAUCAGCAAAUACUCUAAAAGUUUUAAUUGGGAUUUCAGCAUCAGGCUGCGUUACAUUUGUAUCCGAUGCAUAUGGUGGAUCUACGAGUGAUCGUGAAUUGUUUGAAAAAUGUGGACUUAUUGAUAAACUUGAACCUAAUGAUAUCAUUUUUAGUGACCGUGGCUUUAAUGUACAAGACCUAGUGUGCCAUAAAGAUGUUACAGUUAAUGUGCCAGAAUUUUUAAAAAAUACUGAUGGACAAUUUGAGACUUCUCAACUGACAAGGUCAAAAAAUAUAUCUUCAGAACGGAUACACGUUGAAAGGGUCAUUGGUUUGGCUAAAACUUUUAAGAUCUUAAGCGGCAAGUUGGAUUCAAAAUUGGUGCCUUUAGCAGAUAGAAUAAUAUUUGUAUGUUUUAUGUUAACCAAUUUCAAAAAUAAUAUUAUAAAGUAA